GUGAUAGGGAUCCUACUGGCAAUAUAUUUAGGAUGCCUGGUGGACUCACCAAACUAGACUUGCACCGUUUGUACCAUACUAUCCACAAAGACGGUAUUGGAAAAAGCAAAUUUUACGAAAUUCUAGACUCGAAGUUCCGCAACUUAAUCUUUUGUAAGAAUCAACGCUUUACAAAAUGUACGGAUUGCCACAAUUUCCGAUGCCUAAUCGAAAAAGAGGAAGCUCCUCAAAUGAAAUCUGAGUACAUUGCAAUGCGAAACCUGCACCUCAAAGAACAACAAAUGGAAAGAGAAGCUUAUUAUGUGCGGAGAGGACAGGCGGAAAUGAGACCGAAAGAGAUAAUAUCAUUAAUAAUAGAUGGGAUGGAUCAAAAUAAGACAGAUUUGCCACAUUACUGCAAAUGGAGCAAUCCCAGUGGUGCAGGUCAACAGAAGCUAAGAACCCAUAUAACCGGGAGUAUUGUUCACGGGAGAGGAAAGUAUUUCUUCAUUGACCACGGACAGGUUCCACAUGACACAAACUUGAGUUUGUCUUGUUUGAUGAAAAUAUUAUCUAAUGAAUCAUAGGAUGGGAUAUUGCCACCAACAUUAUAUGUACAACUGGAUAACACAGCAAGGGAGAACAAAAAUAAAUACUUUUUAGGGAUGAUGGCUUACCUUGUGAAACAUGACUUUGUGAAGGAGGUUUAUAUGUCUUUCUUACUUGUUGGGCAUACACAUGAAGAUGUAGAUCAGUGUUUUUCAAAAAUCAGUCAGAAGUUAAAAGAAAAGGAUGCUCUUACAAUGCCCCAUUUGGAAGACCUGAUUAUUAGUUCCCAAACACCACAACCAAACGUUUCCAGAAUAAGUACUGUAUGGAACAUCUCUGGAUGGUUAGAACCAUAUAUUAAUCAGGUUCACAACAUUACCUUUCCAAAAAUGUACAGAGUUCAAAAGGAUGGAACUGGUCAUGUGUAUAUGCAGUACAAAAAACUUUCUACAGAGGACCAGUGGCACCCAACUCCAAAUGAAAGACCAAUUGAAAUCUUCAAACUAGACAGUGUUGGAUGCCAAGUUACACCACCAGGUCACCCCGAUAAAGUCCAACCGUUUAUGGCAGAAGAAGAUAUUCAAACACUGAAAAGAUCUCUAGAGAAAGAUUUCAAUCUAGCACAAUUUACCAACAACUGCACAGAUUGGUGGAAUGAGUUCUUUAAUAUUGAAAUUAUGGCUCAAAAUGAUGAAGCUUGGCCUUCCCUUAAACCAACGUUGUCUCUAAAUCCAAUGUCAACUUUAAGUGAAAAAGAAUUGGAACUCAUUGAGAAGUACAAAGAAAAGAGGUCCCAAUUCAAAGAGGUUUUCACAAAACAAUUUGGAAGAGACAGAAGGCAAUAUUCGAAAGACGACAUGGUUUUGACAAAAGUUUCUGCCACAGAAGUUUCGGUUUGCAGAAUCCACAACCUCUGUGGAGAAGAAAUCGAAAUGGAAAUCUUCAAAAAAUGCCGGGGUUCUUUCCAGGGCACUGGACAAUUCAUGAAAACCAACGUCAGAUCUUGUUUUGCCCAUGGAUUUAAGUUAACAAAUAGCAAAAACAUUCCAUCAAAAAUAAAAGAUCGACUUACUCAGGAAAAACUUGUCAUCAUUUGAUAAACAUGUGAUUCCGAAACAUUCAAAGUUGAAGGGGAAUCAAAAAUCACAUGUAGUGAUUUCAAUGACUAGUAAUGACAAGUAUUCCUUAAUUGAGAUAAAAUAUGACAAGUCUAUUGGAAUUCUUUAAAAGAAUUAAAUUAACUAAGACAACCAUAUUUAUUUAUUUGUUCUUCAGACUUCU